GAGGGAGCGCCGGCGCAUGCGCCUUGAGAGCGGCGAGGAGGGGGCGAUGUUUCCCGGCAGCCUUUAUUCCAAGAUGGCGGGCUCCCGCCGGCGGUAGGGGCGGAAAGCUACAGCUGGGGUCCAAACGGCUUGACAAACCCUUAGUCUUCUGUGUUCUGGUUGCAUUCUACCUCAGUCUCGUUGGGAGAAAGACUUGACUCCAAACCAGAGCAAUGGCUACAAUGGUGGCUAAGCGAGAAGGGCCUCAGUUCAUCAGCGAAGGAGCAGUCCGAGGGAAUGCCGCCAUUCUGGAUUAUUGCAGGACAUCCGUUUCUGCCUUGUCAGGAGCAACAGCAGGAAUUCUUGGCCUGACUGGUUUACAUGGCUUCAUCUUCUACUUCUUGGCUUCUGUCCUUCUCUCAGUGCUUUUGGUAUUAAAAGCUGGACGGCGGUGGAAUAAGUACUUUAAAUCCCGAAGGCCACUUUUCACUGGGGGGCUUAUCGGAGGCCUCUUCACGUAUGUCCUCUUCUGGACUUUCCUCUAUGGCAUGGUGCAUGUCUACUAAAAGAGUAAUAACCACUUUAGCUGCAAUGGGUUUUAAUGAAAUAGGAGGACUGUUGCCAAAAACUCAUCUAAACAACUAUGCCAGCUUUUUAAAUUGUUGUUCACUGCUUGUAUUGUUAAGGCGGUCAGUAACUUAUGUCUGAGUACAAAACUCUGUAGUAUUUGUCUAAUUAAAUUGAAUGUAAAAUGUCUUAUAGAAAAGUCACUUAAAUUGCUUCCCACACAUUUAUAAGUAUAUCCCAUGAAUCGCUAAAGAUCACCAUAUGUCCACCAUUCUUGGCUGAUUUUAUUCCUUUUACAUUUUGCCUCUGUAAGAUCAGCAAUAGCAGCUUUAUUUUACGUUGUGUUCCCACUGUCACCAUCAGCAUACAAGCAUUGGUAAAAACAGUAUCUUUAGCCAUAAGCUUAAUGCAAUGAAAUCCGAAAGGAAACACUGACACAAAGUUAGUUUCAUGGUAAUAUGUAAUUAAAUGUACAUGAAACUGGACAGAAGUAUCUUAUUUGUAUGGAUCCUUAGUGUAAGUGCUGUGAUCCUGGGUACAGUCACUUUACAAAUAGGAAAUUAAAGUUACUAAAA